UACCAUUUUUCUCUUCUUUCCUUUUAGAUUCAUCUUUCCUUCCUGCAUUUCCUUUCCCUUUCUCACUCCUUUCUACUGAUAUCCAACUAUCAUCCUUACGAGUCGAUCAAUUGAACAAAAUGUCAAGAGAGGCGUACCCGUAUUCGGUCGACGACGAGAAGCUGGAUUACAUGGAGUCGCAGCCUCCUAGUGACGAAGAAGUGAUAGAAAACAAUAUUUCAAUACAACCGCAGCGACGACGUGAUCAUCCGACCAGUAAUAACAAAAUUGGCACUGCUGAGGACAAUAAAGUCGAGGAAGAAAAGGCAGAUUCGGUGCAUUCAGCAGAAGACGUCUCAACUACGACGACGGCUUCAUCAUACCAUGGGCGGUUCCCGGUCUACUAUAACAACAAGGUUCUAGUGCACCAUGCGAUCGCAUUCGUGGCGUGCACCUGUCUCUUCAUCCCCGCGGUCGUGAUCCAUAAGGAGGGCAAUAUCCUGGUACUUUCUUUGUUGUAUGCGGCGAUUGUGUGGUGGAUCGUGGUGAGACAUUUGCCAAAGGGAACGAUUGCAGGACCGGUAAGCACGGUUUGGAAUGAUGGAGCGAGGGCGAUUGGGAGGUUGCCGAAGUGGUUGGUCCGGGGGCUGGGAUUCGGACUCCCGCCAGCGGCCCUGAUAUUGACGGCAGCUUUGAGGCCAAAUGAUGCUCAUGGAACAAGAGCACAGAGACUGGUUAGUUGCUUGGGACUCGUGGUGUUAGUGUCGCUCGUUAUUGCGUUCUCAAAGAACCGCAAGGCCAUCUCCUGGAAGAUCGUCUGGACGGGGAUAUUCAUGCAGUACAUCCUUGGAGUCCUCAUCAUACGCUGGUCUGUUGGCUAUAAUGUCUUCCAAUUCAUUUCGCAACAGGCUGAGAACUUUCUCAGCUAUGCCUCCCAGGGCCGCGAGUUUAUCUUUGGGCCGAAUUCAGUCACCUACAACGGCACGGCCAUCCCUUUCGCGAGUUCCUUUGCGGUCUCGGUCCUGCCUGCGAUCAUCCUCUUCGCAGCUGUAAUUCAGUGUCUGUACUACUACAACAUUGUCCAAUCCGUCGUCGCAGGCAUGGCCAAGGUUGUGAUCCACAUCAUUGACAUCUCUGGCGUCGAGUGUGUUGCUGCCUGUGCUGCGCCCUUUGUUGGAAUGUCCGAGGCAUCCAUGCUGGUUGGUCCGUUUGUCUCGGAGAUGACUGAGGCGGAACUACAUCAGGUCUUGACCUCUGGUUUCGCGACGAUUUCCGGGUCCGUGUUCCUGGGAUUGUUGGCCUUCGGUGCGGACGCGACCGCGUUACUGACAUGUUGCAUGAUGUCUGUCCCCUGCGCGAUUGUGAUCUCAAAGAUCCGGUUCCCUGAAGAAGAAGUUCCGCUGACGAGGGGCACGGCGAUCUCGCCUGCAUACAAAGACCGGGAGUCGAAUGCGAUCCACGCGAUCUCGAACGGCGCAAUCUUUGGUAUCAAGCUGUGCAUCGUCAUCAUUGCGGUCCUGCUCGCUGUGAUCUCGUUACUCGGUCUCGCGAACGGCUUCCUGGGUUGGAUCUUUCAUUUCUACGGAGUUGAAAUUUCGAUUCAAAAGAUCGCGUCCUGGAUGUUGUAUCCACUUGCGUGGCUGAUCGGGAUCCCUUCCGGGGAUCUGAGAGAGUCGGCGGAGGUGAUGGGAGUGAAAUACAUCUUGAACGAGUUUGCGGCGUUUGCGGCGUUUACACAAAUCCAGGACUCGUUGGAGCCAAGAACAAAGCUGUUGACGACCUAUGCGAUGGCAUCGUUUGCGAACAUCGGAAGUAUUGGAACGCAGAUUUCGUUAUUUUUGACGUUGUCGCCAGACCGAUCGGAUGCGAUCGCAAGGCUGUCGUUCUCGGCGUGUAUGUGUGGGGCGGUUUCUACUUUGAUCUCUGCGUGCAUCGCUGGUAUUGUUUCUUGAAGACGUUUUUAGCAAGUGCAAAAGCUUUAU